CCUGCAACUACACAUGGUAAUUCGCAUUCAAAACAAUGAACGACCAUUAGUUUUGAGUUCUAUAUUUUAACAAUUUGGCGACAUGUUCGUGUUGUCCGAGCUGAAGGACAAUGUGCGAAUUGCGCCGGACCAGUUUCACCUUAAGUUGGUGGACGCCGUGCGCGACGAGAUCGACCGGAAGUUGGCCAAUAAGGUUCUGCUAAACGUUGGACUAUGCAUUGCGCUCAAGGAUAUCGUCUCGCUGAAGGACUCGAUCAUCUUGCCAGGCGACGGAGCCUCGCACACGGAGGUGCUCUUCCGAUACGUGGUUUUCCGGCCAAUGGUGGGCACGGUGAUCACUGGCAAGAUACGGAACUGCAGCCGGGAAGGCGUCCACGUGACGCUGGGCUUCUUCGACGACAUCCUCAUCCCACAUGCCGCCCUGCAGCAUCCCUCGCGAUUCGAUGAGGCCGAGCAGGCCUGGGUCUGGGAAUAUCCACUCGAGGAUGGCGCCAAGCACGAUCUCUUCAUGGACGUGGGCGAGCCCAUCAAGUUCCGGGUGUCGCGCGAGAUUUUCGAGGAGACGUCACCCAUUGGACCGCCUAAGGCGGAGGUUCAGUCACAGCAGGGACCCAGCACAUCCUCGGCCGCCGCUUCAGCCGCUUCCCAGGAGGUCAAGACUCCUUACAGGAUUAUUGGUGCCAUUAAUGAAUCCGGCCUGGGCGUGCUCUCCUGGUGGGAUCAGCAGGGCAAGGACGAAGAGCAAGACGAUGAGGAAGGCGACGAGUACGACAACGACGAGGAUGGCGAGGGCGCCUGCGAGGAAUGACCCUAACGUUAACUCAACUCUAUGAUAAGUGACCCAUUACUAUUGUUAAGAGGCGAUUUAAAUAGGAGUUUAAAUGUUGGACUUUUAAAUUAAAAGAAUAUAAUUUAAA